AUGGCGGCGCUUCAACUCUCCCUCCUUGUGCUCUUCUUCCCCAUCCUGGGUCUUGCUGGUGAGGGGGGAGCCUCACUACCCUUCCAGCGCUCUCAGACGGUUCGCUCUGAUACGGCUUUUCUCUCUGAUCGUCUUCUCCUUCCCCCUCGUCGCAGGUGCAGGUCAAGAAGGUGUCAUCAAGUUCGUUGGCCUCCAUGGUUCGGCGACGUUCUUGGAGCUCCACCGUCCCGGGUACGGCGCCAGCGCGCCGGCCAUGGCGGUCUCCGUCGCGGUGGCAGACCUCCCCGCGGUGUCAUCCAGCGUUUUGCAGGCGGAGACAUGGCUGAGGAGGCACGUCCUCUCUGUUUUCCCAUCGGGAAACGUCACCGCCAUUGUUGUGGGCAGGGGAGUUCUCUGCACUACGCUGAGGGCCCCCCAGUGGGAUAUGGUGCUGCCUUCAGUGAAGAACCUGCACCAUUCUCUCCUCAGAUGGGGCCUCGAGAGGGAGAUCAUGGUUUCCGCAGCCUUCUCCUCCGACUGUCUGGGUCACCACUCAGCAGUCAAAACCCUUAAACCCCUGUUGACCUAUCUGUGGAGGUCCAACUCUUCCUACCUGGUCGACCCACCUCCUUCCUCCUCCUCCCUUGGGGCGACACACUCUCUGGUGUCUGCUCACAAGUUGGCUCUCGAAAACCUGGGUUUCUCCCCAUUCAUGGAAAUCUGGACCAUAAUGGAGGGGAACACCUUUCGCAGGAGCCUUUCUUCUUCCUUCGCCUCAUCCCCUGGUUUCUCCAGCGAAAACCCUACCCCAUCAUCGCCGCCAUUCGCCUCAGCACCAGAUGGGUCCUUCUCCUUCGUGCCCGCCGCCGCACCAAGCGAGAUCCCCGACGACCCACCUCCAGCCGGUUUCUCCGCCGCCGCGCCGCCGUGCUCGGCGGCGCCUUUGGCGGCCCCGGGAGGCUGGGAGGCGGAGAGGGGCCCGUCGUGGUGCGUGGCGAAGCCCACAGCGAUCCCGGAGGCGCUGCAGGAGGCCAUGGACUACGCUUGCGGCGAGGGCGGCGCCGACUGCGAGGAGAUUAAACCCCAUGGGAGCUGCUUCUACCCUGAUCACAUCAUCGCCCACGCUUCUUUCGCAUUCAACAGCUACUGGCAGAAAUCGAAGAAGACCGGCGGCAGCUGCGACUUCCAGGGGACCGCUGCGCUCAUCAACUCAGACCCAAGUACGUGUUCCAUCCUCCUCCAUCUCCGCCAUUAUCAGAAGUUCCAUUGCCACUUCAUUUGAUCGCCAUUACCAAGGAUUUCUUCACGCUCAAUUGGUUUCCCGCCCCACUUCUGAGCACCUUUUGAGCACCCCGAGGUGCAGGAAAAGCUGCCCUACUUGCAGGUUGCCCAGCAGAAGCCUGGUACGGCUGCUGGGGCCUUCCUCAUCCUUGCAAUUUUUUAUGAAGAAAGUUCAAAAUUUUAUCUGCUUUUCUGAAUGCCCAUGCUAUUUUAUAUCUGCUUUUAUUGAGAAAAUAAAACUAUAUAUAUAUAUAUACCCAUGUAUGUGUCUCCGCCAAUAGGAUUUGGGUUUGGGAGGGUUGACUGAUGUGGGCAUGAGCCAGCGAGUUUGGGGGAGUUGACAUUGUUGUUGCAGCUGCUGAGGGGGUGAGGUGCAUGAUUCUCUCCUUCGAGAGGCGUUGACCAGGCGUUGAGAACGUCUGUUGGCCUGCUGCUCAUGAUGUGUCGUGAGAAUUCGGAAAAAAAUGUUUGAUUAAUCGUUGGGUUCGGAGGGUUUGGCGGCCUCAUUAAUCAUUCCUCGUUUUGCUGCAGGUUUCCUCCACUGUCGGUACGUGCUCGGGUAA